UAUGUCUGAAACAGUAUUUCGUUUGUUCUCCAUUUACACAUAACAAGUUCCAAUUGAUUCCUCAUCAUCAGUGUUAAACUGCUGUCCUCUAUUGAGUUGGAGAUUUUAAGUUUAUUUGAGUUUAGAUUCCAGGUUUCUAACAACUUAGCACAAGUGUUCGAUUGGGAUUCAGCAAUGCAAAUCUUAUGAGUUUUUGCCCAGCCUAGCUUUACUUGCUCCCCUGACUGUGAAUCAGAUUGAGUCCCUCAGGAAAAAUAAUUUGUAUGGAUUGAGUGAAGAUGUAUAGACUAAUAAAGGUCAUCAGCUAUUCUCUCGUGCUACUGACAAUCACUGGACCAUCAUGUUUUGCUGAUGAUGACUUGGAGAGUGACCGGUUUGAGGAUGAUGAACUACUGUAUCGUCCCAGGGUUGGCUAUCACAAUAAUCAUGUGCAUUUAGAAAUUCCUUCAACAUUGAAAGACAAAUCACCUAAACUGGAGGCUAAUCUAGGAAGAGACCUUGAGCAGCCCUCCGGUAUCUUGUUCCAUUCACAGUCAACCGAAUUUACUUGGGACUCACAGGGCAUUCAACUUCAAAUUUCUCGCCUUCCCAACACCAACCGAUGUCACGAGAUCAAGUGGACCAGUACAAAAAAGUCAUCACUGGAAGACUGCUUCGAGAUUGGAACAGCCAGCUGGUAUGGAGGACCAGAAUAUAUCAGCCAGUAUUGGCCUGUUGAGAAACAGAAAUUUCAGAGAAUGCCCUAUGUGAGAAAUGGUGGCGUUGGCAAGGCAGAGCCAUUCUGGUUCAACUCAAAAGGCAUCAGCAUCUAUGUGAAUGAGUCUACUCCACUGUUCUACACGGUUGAAGGCAGAAGUAUCUGUCUUAUUGCGGAUAAUGAGGAACCCUAUUUGCCAAGAGAUGAGCUACUAUUGCAGUACACACUGUGCAACUUUGACAAUCCACGCCAGGCAUAUGACUACAGCGUUGACAACUUUUUUGAUCGCCCAGCAGCUUUGCCAGAUCGUCGCGUGGUUGAGUUCCCAGUUUGGGCAACCAAGGGGCACUACAGUUGGAGUAAUAAAAAGGUCAAUCAAACAACUGUGCUGCAGUUUGCCAAAGACAUCAUGAUCCAUGGAUUCAACUAUAGCCAAAUGGAGAUAUCGGACAAUGGGGCCAGUUGCUAUGGGACUACUGUUUUCAACACAUCAUUAUUCCCUGACAUGAAGAUGCUCACUACACAGCUGAAGGGUAUGGGCUUCAGGACAACCAUGAGGACUCAUCCUUUUGUGGAUGAGGAGUGUAUGGAGUAUGGCCCUCUGAAAGACAAGGGAUAUUUUGUGGUUAAUGAGAGGAAUGAAGUUGGCAUGCAUUGGUGGAGAGAGGAGAGAUGGCAUGAUUGGGAGAACAAGAAAGGCUUGAUUGACUUCACCAAGCACAGUGCUCAACAGUGGUUUGUAACCAAACACAGGAAAGUUUUGGAUGACUAUGGAAUUGAUGGGUUCAAGAUUGAUAAUACUUUCAACACUGUUGGAAAUGGCUGGUUGUCAAAGGAGGCCCGUCUGAAUUGCCCAGUGGAGAAGCAGCCACACUGCUACAUCCAAUCAUAUGUGGAGACUUUGGCAGAACUUGGACCAAUACCCGAGACGCGUGUCUCCUUCAGAACACAACGACAUGCUAUGUUUGUGCGCAUGCUUGACAAGAAUUGGAGAGAUGACAGCAUUCGCAACGUGAUCACAUCAGUGUUCGUGCACAAUUUGCAUGGCUACCCAUUUGUAAUUCCUGAUGUGGUCGGUGGCAGUAGAUGGGGUGGAUAUGGAGUCACCAAAGAAAUUUUUAUCCGCUGGCUACAGGCUAUCUGCUUCAUGCCUGUCAUCCAGUUCUCUACAGCUCCAUGGGACUUUGAUGAGCAGACAGUUGAGAUAAGCAAAGAGUUGACAGCGCUGCACUACAGAUAUUCUGGAGUUAUUCUGGAACUGAUGCAGCGUAGUGUAGACACAGGAGCCCCCCUUAACACCCCCAUCUGGUGGGUGGACCCUGAGAAUGAUGUAGCUCAUAAAAUCGAUGAUGAAUACAUGCUGGGUGAAGACAUCCUGGUGGCUCCUGUUCUGGAAGUGGGAGCUACAGCAAGGGACAUCUACCUGCCACAGGGUUACUGGAGAGAGGAGAAUCAUCGCCACAGAGUUUUUGAGGGUCGCCAGUGGAUCAAAAACUACCCCGCCGGUCUGAAAAUUCUUCCCUACUUCACGAGGGUGCACGAGUAUGCUCUCAGUUCCGAGCAGAAACGGAAAAUACACCGACGUGAUAAAAUAGAACUCAUUACUGUCUAGAAUUUAUUAAUUUAACUUGACUAUUCAAACAUAAUUUCAACUCAUUACUGUCUAUAGUCUGUGAAAAUUAACUUCAGACCUGGAGGAAUAUGCAGCGCAGAGAAAUGGAGGGAGAUCAGCCAAUUACAGUGAUGAAUAGAGUCAUAGGUAGGAGCGCAGUUGCCAAUUUGUCAGUCAUCUGACAGCUCUCAUACAGGCAACUUCGCAUGUGUAGCAUGAGCACAUGAACAGUCACUAGAAGAUGGAGAUCGCUGACCGCUUCAAAACGGCAACAUCGCGCCUCUGUAUCCCUCCCGCUGUAUGCUUUCUCUGCUGCGCAUGCCCAUUCCAAGUCGGAAGUAAAUUUGCACGGACUAUAGAAUUGAUUGAACUUGUGUAUUGAAACUUAAUAUCAACUCAUCACUGUCUAGAAUAUUGAUGAAGAACUUGUGUAUGAAACAUGAUUCAAACUCAUUACUGCCUAUAAUUGUUGUGAAUUCAAACAUGAGUUCAACUCAUUGUCUAGAAUAGACCUUGUCUAUUGAAACAUGUAAUUGAUUGAUUUUUCAUUGUCCUGACAAAAUAAAACUGAAUUUAUU